UGCCUCGUCUUCGAGCUCUUGUCGCAUUCGCUGUAUAACGUCCUGCAGUCGACGAAGUUCCACGGCGUGUCCUUGGGGCUGAUACGAAAGUUCACGAAGCAGCUCGUGUCCGCGCUGGCGUAUCUCCGAUCGCACGGCGUCGUGCACUGCGACUUGAAGCCGGAGAACGUCCUGCUGUGCGGCGUCGAUCGAAGCGCGAUCAAGCUCAUCGAUUUCGGAAGCAGCGGUUGGGCCGGGGAGACGGACGACAACACGUACGUCCAGUCGCGGUUCUACCGCGCCCCAGAGGUGAUAUUAGGGCUUCCGUACGGCUGCGCGGUCGACGUGUGGAGUCUGGGGUGCAUCAUGGUCGAGAUGCACGGGGGCAAGCCGCUGUUCCCGGGGAAGGACGAGCGAGACCAGCUGUGGAAAAUUUCCGAAGCGCUCGGG